GCCACACUGAAUAUGACGUUCAGUGACAUUUCACUUGACGGGUGUCCAUCGUUAUUCGAAAUAAACAUACAAUAAUUUUGAGAUUCUGAAUUUUUUUUAAAUCUAGAUACAUCUCGAAAAUUUGUCUACUUUUUUAAUUAGAAACACAAAUUUUAUAAAAUGACUGCUCCAAAGGAGGCAGGUGAUUCAGUUCAAAGCAAAAGUUUGGCUUAUAAAGACAAAAGUAAACCCACAGAUGUACGGCAGAGCAACAUAAAUGCCGCUAAAGCUGUUUGCGAUGCUAUUCGAACAAGUUUGGGUCCGAGAGGAAUGGAUAAAAUGAUUCAAUCUGGCAAUGGAGAAGUAAUUAUUACCAAUGAUGGAGCAACUAUUUUAAAGCAAAUCAAUGUCAUACAUCCAGCAGCUAAAAUGCUGGUGGAGUUGUCCAGAGCUCAGGAUGUUGAAGCUGGAGAUGGUACAACUUCGGUAGUUGUUAUUGCUGGAGCACUUUUAGAUGCUGCUCAAAAACUGUUAAGCCGUGGAGUUCAUCCAACAGUUAUUUCCGAUUCUUUCCAAAUUGCCGCAGUUCAUGCAUUAAAGAUUUUAAAUGAUAUUGCUACCCCUGUUGAAUUAAGCAACAGACUGCAGCUUAUCAAAAGUGCAUCUACAGCUUUAAAUUCAAAAGUGGUAUCUCAGCAAUCUAGCCAGUUAGCCCCUUUAGCAGUCGAUGCUGUCUUGAAAGUGGUUGAACCAGGUCGCGAAAGUGCUUGCAAUCUUUCUGACAUCAAAGUACUUAAGCAACUUGGGGGUACAGUUGAGGACACUGAAUUAAUCAACGGUUUAGUUUUUCCACAAAAACUAGCUAAUGUUUCUGGACCGAAGAGAAUCGAAAAAGCGAAAAUUGGGCUGAUUCAGUUUUGCAUUUCGCCACCUAAAACAGACAUGGACCAUAAUAUCAUUGUGUCUGAUUACGCCGCAAUGGAUAGAGUUUUAAAAGAGGAAAGAGCUUACAUUUUGAACAUUGUGAAGCAGAUUAAGAAAGCUGGCUGCAAUGUAUUACUGGUUCAAAAAUCAAUUCUGAGGGAUGCCAUCUCCGAUCUGGCAAUUCACUUUUUGGACAAAAUCAAAUGCAUGGUCAUCAAGGAUAUUGAAAGGGAAGACAUAGAGUUUGUCUGUAAAACUUUAAGCUGCCGGCCAAUUGCUUCUCUUGAUCAUUUUCUUGCUGAUAAUUUGGUCUCGGCUGACCUUGUAGAAGAAGUUGGAGUUGGAGGAAAUAGGAUGGUUCGUGUGACAGGGAUCCAAAACCCUGGUCGUACCAUCACUCUGCUUGUUCGAGGAUCAAAUAAGUUGGUUUUGGAAGAAGCGGAAAGAUCUCUACAUGAUGCUUUAUGUGUGAUUCGAUGCCUUGUUCGCAAGCAGGCUUUAAUAGCAGGCGGCGGAGCUCCCGAAACCGAAUUGGCUUUGAAAUUAACUGACGUCGCCAAUAAACAACUGGAAGGAAUUGACAGCAUUUGCCUUAAGGCUUAUGCUACCGCUUUGGAAAUUAUUCCAUUUACUCUUGCUGAAAACGCUGGUCUCAACCCAAUUCAGACUGUUACCGAAUUGCGAAAUAGACACGCAAAAGGAGAAAUAUCUGCUGGGAUUAAUGUACGUAAGGGAUGCAUUUCAGAUAUAUUAGAAGAAAAUGUAGUGCAGCCGUUGUUAGUAACAACAUCGGCUUUGUCGUUCGCAACGGAAACCGUCAGAUCAAUCCUGAAGAUUGACGACAUUAUCAACACAUUCACAUAAUUGGCCACCAUGAUCUUAACAAUUAGCUUAACGUAGUUUUGAGUUUCACAUUUAAUAAUUUUUUAAAUGUUUAGUACUUGUUAAAUGCCUUUGCCGUUAUCAAGUAUUAAAGAUUUAACUUUUUCUGUAACGAAAAAAAAUUAGCAUCACUAAUAAAUUGACUAGUUUAUUUUCUCAGUUUUAUUGCACGUUUUUUGUUAUCAAUCAUCAGUUGAAAUAUGCGUAAAUCAUUGUUUUAUUCAACGGAAUUGCAAUUUUGCCAAUUGCAAAGCAGAUUGGCUGCAAAUUUUACAAAUACACAGAAAAAAGUUGCUAAAAGUUAAUACACAAUUAACUGAAAAAAUAACUAGAAUUUCGCUUUGUAACUAAAAUUUGCAUUAAAAUGAGUAUUAAUCUCCUUCAAUACAAUACAACGUAGCUGUAUAUUAUACUUGCAAAUUAAGCAACAAUUGUCAAGUUGUUAUUAUUUCAGUGUAUGUUGUGAAAUAGGUUUAAUAAAAAAUAAAGCUCCAUGGUAUCUAGAAAAAUA